UGAAUACCCAAUUCUUGUUCAUUAAUGGGUAUUUUAGUGUGGUACCGUGCUUGGAUAGUAUAAAGUAAUCUAAAACCCAUGUGUAUUUUGUUACGUAAAUGCAAAAAAAAAAAAAUUUUUUUUUUUUGCUUUAAAGUUUGAGUCUUUUUGUUGAAAGAGUUACAGUUAAGCCUACAUUGUUAAAGGAAAAAGAGAUAUUGGUAAGAAGAUGCUGUUUGGGAAGCACGGUCAGUCCCUUGAAGCAAAUUUUCUUCCAAGAUUUGGUCCUUGGUCAGGUAAACGAGUACUGAGUUGAUGUACAUUUAGAGUUUUCUAAGCAAUGUGUCAAGGGUAGUUACUUGUUUUGCUUUUCUAAAAGGCCGAGUGAGUGUAGAAUUUGUAGGGUUAAUAGCUGAGAAAUCCUCUUUUUGUUGCACAUUGAGCUUGUCUCUUGCUUUAAUGGUGUUGGGAAAGCCUCAUAGUCUGGCAAAUGGUGCUUGUUUCUGGCUCUGGGUUGUUUUUGUAGACGUUGAAGAUAAAUUAUUGUUUUUAUGUUAAUUUUGCCCUAAUUGGCAUUGGCCUAGUGUUCAGUUGGGUUUGUUUCUAUUUGUGGAGUAGCAAGCUAGAGAGCCCCCUUCUGUCUUUGAGUUUAUCUUGUAUCAUUCUGACUGGAUGAAUAUGAAGCUGUUUAGGCUUCUACUUUUAUCCUUGUUUUUCUUUCAUGCCAUGGGUCAGCUUCCUUCACAAGACAUUUUGGCAUUGCUUGAAUUCAAGAAAGGAAUCAAGAAUGACCCCACUGGUUAUGUCCUUGAUUCAUGGAAUGAGGAGUCCAUUGACUUUAAUGGUUGCCCCUCUUCUUGGAAUGGAGUAAUAUGUAAUGGUGGAAAUGUUGCUGGUGUUGUCCUUGAUAACUUAGGUCUGUCGGCUGUUGCAGAUUUGAGUGUGUUUGCGAAUCUCACAAUGCUUGUGAAACUUUCCAUGUCAAACAACUCCAUAACAGGCGUAAUACCCGACAAUAUAGGCGACUUCAAAAGCCUUAAGUUUCUUGAUGUCUCUGAUAAUCUAUUUUCUUCAUCGUUACCACCGGGGAUUGUUAAAUUAGAGAGCUUACUGAAUCUCUCAUUAGCUGGGAACAACUUCUCGGGCUCAGUUCCAGAUUCAGCAUCAGGGCUUGUUUCAAUCCAAUCUUUGGACUUAAGUAGCAAUUCCUUUUCUGGGUCGCUGCCGAAAUCAUUGACGAGGCUGAAUAACUUGGUGUAUCUAAACCUAUCGUCUAAUAGAUUUAUCAAGACAAUCCCAAAAGGGUUUGAACUGAUUUCUGGUCUUCAGGUGCUGGACCUGCAUGGCAACAUGCUUGAUGGUCAUCUUGAUGGGGAGUUUUUCCUUUUGACAAAUGUCAGUCAUGUUGAUUUUAGUGGGAAUAUGUUAGUGAGCUCUAGCUCUCAGAAACUGUUACCUGGUAUCUCUCCAAGUGUUAAGUACUUAAAUCUUAGCCACAACCUACUUACUGGGUCACUGGUGAAUGGAGGUGAGCUAGAGCUCUUUGAAAACUUGAAAGUGUUGGAUCUGAGCUAUAAUCAGUUUUCUGGAGAAUUGCCUGGAUUCGAUUUUGUUUAUGAGCUUCUGGUUCUCAAGCUCAGCAACAACAAAUUUUCAGGGUUUAUUCCUAAUGAUUUGUUGAAAGGAGAUUCCUUGCUGGUAACUGAAUUGGAUUUGAGUGGCAACAAUCUCUCAGGGCCAGUAAGUACGAUUUUGUCAACAACUCUUCAGGUACUUAAUCUCUCCUCUAAUGCACUCACAGGUGAACUUCCUGUUCUUACUGGAAGCCUUUCUGUACUUGAUCUUUCAAAUAAUCAAUUUGAAGGAAAUCUGACUAGAAUGGUGAAGUGGGGUAACAUUGAAUAUCUUGAUCUCAGCCAAAAUCAUUUGACAGGGUCUAUCCCUGAGGUAACAGCACAAUUUUUGCGUUUAAAUUAUCUCAAUCUAUCUCGAAAUUCCUUUAGUAGCUCUCUCGCAAAGGUUAUUACUCAGUAUCCAAAGCUUAGAGUCCUUGAUCUCAGUUCCAACCAGUUAGACGGGUCUAUUCUAGCUGAUCUCUUAACUUCAUCCACAUUGCAAGAACUCCACCUCUCGAAUAAUUUACUCACUGGUGCAAUUGAGUUCUCUCCACCUAGUAAAUCCACUCUGGAGGUUCUUGAUCUUUCCCAUAACCAGUUUAAUGGCUUUUUUCCUGAUCGACUUGAAUCAUUCACUGGACUUCAAGUGCUCAAUCUUGCAGGAAAUAAUAUAUCUGGUUCUCUGCCAACUUCUAUGGCUAACAUGAGCUCUCUAAGCUUAUUAGAUAUAUCCCAGAAUCAUUUUUCUGGUCCUUUACCAAACAACUUGCCCAACACCCUUGAAGCCUUUAAUGUUUCAUACAAUGAGUUUUCUGGGGUUGUUCCUGAAAAUCUGAGGAAGUUUCCUAGUUCUUCUUUUUAUCCUGGAAACGCCAAAUUACGUUUUCCAGGUGGUCCUCCUGGAUCAGGCAACUCCCCUGCUGAAAGUUCGAAGAAGAAAUCUAUCAACACCAUUGUCAAAGUCAUUGUGAUAGUUUCAUGUAUAAUUGCUGUUAUCAUUCUUAUCCUGCUUGCUAUCUUCAUACAUUACAUCCGCAUAUCGAGAAGACUGCCACCAGAACAUGCUACAGAGAAAGAUAUACGCAGGCGUGCUCUAUCAAACCCCUCUGGCACUACUGGAAUAGGUGGUGGGGGGCCUUUGAUUGUUUCAACAGAAGAUCUUGUGGCUUCGAGGAAAGGAUCAUCAUCUGGGAUUAUGAGCCCUGAUGAGAAAAUGGCAGCAGUAACUGGCUUCUCACCAUCAAAGACUAGCCAUUUGUCUUGGUCUCCAGAGUCUGGGGAUUCAUUCACAGCUGAAAACUUUGCAAGAUUGGAUGUGAGAUCACCAGAUCGAUUGGUUGGUGAGCUGCAUUUUCUUGAUGAGACACUUAGUUUGACACCUGAGCAGCUAUCAAGGGCCCCUGCCGAAGUGUUAGGGAGGAGUAGUCAUGGGACUUCUUAUCGAGCAACACUGGAGAAUGGGGUGUUCUUGACAGUAAAGUGGUUGAGAGAGGGAGUAGCAAAACAGAGAAAGGAGUUUGCUAAGGAGGCUAAAAAAUUUGCUAAUAUCAGGCAUCCAAAUGUUGUGGGUUUGAGGGGGUACUAUUGGGGACCUACACAGCAUGAGAAGCUCAUUCUUUCAGAUUAUGUCUCACCUGGAAGUCUAGCAAGCUUUCUUUAUGAUCGACCGGGAAGAAAAGGCCCUCCAUUAACAUGGGCCCAGAGACUCAAAAUAGCAGUUGAUGUUGCACGUGGCCUGAAUUAUCUCCAUUUUGACCGGGCUGUUCCUCACGGUAACCUAAAAGCAACAAACGUACUAUUAGACGGACCUGAUCUUAAUGCACGUGUUGCUGAUUAUUGCCUCCAUCGCCUCAUGACCCAAGCUGGCACCAUUGAACAGAUUCUUGAUGCUGGGGUCUUGGGUUAUCGUGCACCGGAGUUAGCUGCUUCCAAGAAACCACUCCCCUCCUUUAAGUCAGAUGUAUAUGCCUUUGGAGUGAUAUUGCUGGAACUUCUAACCGGUAGAUGUGCAGGUGAUGUAAUUUCUGGUGAAGGGGGAGGGGUUGAUCUGACUGAUUGGAUGCGGUUGAAGGCUGCCGAAGGUCAUGGCUCAGAGUGCUUUGAUGCUGCAUUGGUGUCGGAGAUGGGGAAUCCGGCAGCUGAGAAGGGAAUGAAGGAGGUCCUUGGAAUAGCUCUUCGAUGUAUACGAUCUGUUUCUGAGAGGCCAGGUAUCAAGACUAUAUAUGAAGAUCUAUCAUCCAUAUAGUUUUCAUCGCACCUGGUUUAUCUGGACCUGAAUUUUGUGGGAAUUUAAUAGCUCAUUAGCUCCCUUUUUUUAACAUGUGAUUUUGGCAUUUAGUGUGAUUAGCCAAUUGUAUUAACAACAGUUUGUUGUAAAAAUGGAGCAUAUUUUGAA